GAAAAAACACAACCCCCGCCCUCUCUCUCCGACGCAGAGAGAAGACCUCACAUCUCAGUGCAAUGAGCCACCGCACCGCCAGCCAGAAGCCCAUCUGCACCAUCUGCUACGAAGACCUCAAGCCCGUCCUCGAAGACCUCCACUCCAUCCCCGUCUGCGGCCACGUCUUCCACGAGCUCUGCCUUCAGCAAUGGCUGGAGUACUGCCCGGCCGGAAAGAAGCCCACCUGCCCCGUCUGCAAGCAGUCCUUCUCCCACCACCCGCCCGUCCGCCUCUACUUUCAGUCCACCGGGGACGCCGCGGCUGCCGCCACUCAAAACCCCUCUUCCGAGGCCGACGCCGAGGCGAUGGCCGAGGAGGUCGCGAGACUCGAACUCAAGCUCUCCUCGCUCACCUCCAACUUCGAGAGCCAGAAUGCCCAUAUCAAGAAGCUGAAUGAUGAGGUCGUGGCGUGGAAGGAGUUGGCGGAAAAGGAGGAGGCGAGAAGAGAACAGAUCAAGAAAGAGAAAGACGGUGUCGCGCAACUUCUCAAUAUAAAAUUGGAGGAACUAUCUCGGAAGUCAUCGGAGUGUGUCAAGCUGCAAGAGAAGAGCUUGGCAUUGGCUAAAGAACUUGCCGCCCUUAAACUGGCGACAGAUCUGAACCUUGGGGAAGAUGAGAUUGUGAAACUGGCAUCUCUCGGCCACGGGAGUAACCCAGAAAAUGCGGUACAGAUUCUGAAGAGAUCGCUUGCUCUUCGCAACAAGAGCUAUAAAGAACUGAUGGUCCAAUGCAACCUUCUAGGAAGAGCCGAAUCUCGUGCUCAGCAAAAGCUCGAGAAGGCCAAAGAGCAGAUUAAAAAAUUGAAGGCACGAUUGCAAGAACUCGAAAAGGAAUUUGAAGAAAAGGAAAAUAGAAUACUGAGGGAUUUGAAGGCUUCAAAAAAACUUAAACCUGAAGGAAUAAAUUCAAAUUUCAUCAAACAGAACAUGUGUUCUGCUCAUACUGACCUUCAUUCGUCAGAAAAUGGAACAAGCAAGAAUAUAGGAGCAAUAGCAGAUUCCAAUAAGCCGAGUCUAAUAGGUGGUAAGACAGAUCACUUGAAGAGAUAUGCCAAGGAAAACAAAGCCCAAGAUGACUUGAUUUCAUCAAAAGACAAUACUAUCAACGAUGAAACAGACCUAGAAAGUAGUUUCUUUGUGGAUGAGGAUGACCUUGGACUACCUCGGAAGUCAUCGGAGUCUCCGUCUUCUGCUUCUGAUAGCAAAAUGCUAGUGAACCUUUGCAAAGCAUUUCGCUCAGGAUAUGAUGUGAGAGAUGCUUUCGGGAAAAUGGAAGAGGGAAAUGCAACAGAUACAAGUUCAAUGUGGACUAAAGAAAUAUUGUUAAUUGAUGACAUCACUAAACAAUCUACUUCACACUUAGCCAAUAAAGGAAUUCAGGCGAAUGAGGCAAUUUCAUGCCCUGGUGCGAAUAGAAACAUAGGGAAGUGGUCUAGGACUUCGACAAUGGCUUCAUCUCUCGGAAUGCAAGCUGCAAAAAGAAGUGGGGAUUUAAUUGCUGUCGGAGCUGACGGGAGAGGAGGCAGGAUCAAAGUGCUAAGAUCUCUCGACCGUUCUCUGGAAGAAAAGGUGCAGACUUUACGGCCAAAGAAGCACAAGCUUGGAGCCAACAGUGGUCAGUUUCAGAUAGAGCAUUUCUUUGGAAAGACAUGAGGCUUACACACGACGGAACCCAAAAAGGCCUUCAGUGCAAUGUAAAUGCUUACAUAAUUAGAAUGAGAAAUCAGAGGUGAAUGAAAAGCUAGCAUGCCAGUUUGAUUGCAUCAAACCAAAGGCAACUCAAAAAGAAUAGCGCGUCGAGAAAGGUUUUCGCGGAGAAAUGUUACUGAAAUGUAGCAAAUUUUGGUUGAAUGAAAGAUUGUUCUGGG